AUGAAAGUUUUGGCUUUACGUCUUUCCGGGAAAAUAUUUUUAUGUUUGUUUUCAGGAAAUAUACGAACGAAAGCUGUGUUGGAUGUUGAAUCAAAAGAAGGGUAUUGGCUAACUGUGUACGCUCAGGAUCAUGGUGUCGUUCCAUUAAGCUCACAAUUGCAAAUGUAUGUCCAAAUUUUGGAUGAAAAUGACAAUACACCGCUAACAGAAUUUCCCGUUUAUUAUCCGUCUAUUCCUGAAAAUUCUCCAGCUGGCGUUAGUGUACUUGAAAUAAAAGCAUUCGAUGGAGAUAUUUCACCUCAAGAUUUUACUUUUUCAAUAACUAGUGGCAAUCCUGAAGGCUAUUUUCUUAUUAACUCUACUACAGGUCUGAUUACAACCAGCAAUAGAAAACUUGAUCGUGAAAACCAAGUUGAGCAUAUUCUCGAGGUCUCUGUUAGAGAUAAUGGUACGCCACCUUUGUCCUCAACAACUCGUGUAAUCGUCCAAGUUGAGGAUAUCAACGAUCAUGGCCCCGAGUUUGAACAGAAAUUUUACACUGUUCGCAUUCCGGCUUCUCCAAACAUCGACAAGCCACUUUUCCAGGUACUGGCUAAUGACAAAGACGUGGGAGAAAAUGGAAAAAUAACGUACAGUAUCAAAGGCGGCCGAGGUAAAGGAAAAUUUCGAAUUCAUCCGACCACUGGGAUGGUUUAUUCACAAAAAAGCUUUGAAGUUGGACAAGAAUAUGAAAUGAUGAUUCGCGCGGCGGAUAACGGCGAUCCGCAACGUAGUCAUCAAACACGUGUAUCCGUUCAGGUAAUUGAAUUACCAAAAGAAUCAAAAUAUCCUCCAAUAUUCAAAAGUAUUAAUCAAAUAGCAACAGUAACUGAAAGUGACCAAGUAGGUUUUCUUGUUGCUUUAGUACAGGCAACUGAUCAAGACGGUGAUACACUUUGGUAUGACAUUAUUGAUGGUGAUGAACGCGAUGAAUUUUUUAUUGGACGUGAUAACGGAAAUGUAUUAUUGGGAAAAAAACUUGAUUGGGAAACAAAAAAUAAUUAUAAUAUAACAAUAAGCGCGACUGACGGUAUAUUUACAGCGACAACUCAAUUAGUCAUAAAUGUAAUAGACAUAAAUGAUCACCGUCCAGAAUUUUCUGAAGCUAUUUACCGUGUUGACAUAUCUGAAAAUGUUGAUAAGGGAGAAAAAAUUUUACAGCUUUACGCAACAGACAAAGAUGAAGAUAAAAAAGUUUUCUAUAGUUUACAUGCUGCACAAAAUCAAAAAUCACUUGAAAUAUUUCACGUUGAUUCAAUAACUGGAACUAUUAUUCUUAAUGAUUAUUUGGAUCGUGAAACUAUUGAAGAGCAUAUUUUAACAGUUAUGGUUCGUGAUCAAGGUACUCCUGCUAAACGUAAUUAUGCUCGUGUUAUUGUGACAGUUCAUGAUCACAAUGAUCAUGUACCAGAAUUUACAAAUGAAAUAAUAAAUGGUAAAAUUUAUGAAACUUCACCAAUUGGAGCUAAAGUUGUACAAGUAAAUGCAAUAGAUCGCGAUCGUGGUGAUAAUGGGCGUAUUGGUUAUUCAAUAACAUCUGGUAAUGUUGGAAAUGUAUUUACAAUAGAUCAAAAUUUGGGAAUAAUAAAUACCGCCCGUGAAUUAGAUAUGAAUGUUAUAUCUGAAUACAUUUUAUUAGUCAAAGCGCAAGAUUAUGGUUCUCCAUCAUUAACAAAUACUGUGCCAGUAGAUGUUAUUUUAACAAUGGCUGAUAAUGCACCCCCAAGAUUUUUAAAUGGUGAAUUAGCUGCUGAAAUAUAUGAAAAUCAACCAACUGGAAGUUAUGUUAAACAUGUUGAAGCAAGAAGUACAUCAUCAUUACAAUUUGAAAUAUUGCAGGGUAAUAAAGGUGAUAUAUUUUUCAUAAAUCCAAGUACUGGUGUUAUAACAACUAAAAAUCGUCUUGAUUAUGAAAAAAUGAAAUUUUACAAUUUAACAAUAUCAGCAACAAAUAUGGCCAGUGCAACAGCAUACUGCAAUGUUAUUGUUCACGUUUUAGAUCGUAAUGAUAAUCCACCUAAAUUUUUACAAGCUAUUUAUAAAGGUAAAAUCAGUGAAGGAGCUAGUAUUGGAUCACUUGUUUUAACAAAUUCAAGUAAACCACUGGUUAUUAAAGCUGAGGACCCUGAUUCUGAAUUAAAUGCACUUUUAAGUUAUGAUAUUGUGCAAGAUUUACCUCGAAAAUAUUUCCACAUUGACUCAAGUACCGGGGCUAUUAGAACAGUUAUGAUUUUAGAUCAUGAAACAAUUAAUUAUUUUGAAUUUAACGUCAAAGUAUCUGAUUUGGGAAAACCAAAAUUAUCAUCCGAAACAACUGCUAAAGUAAUGAUAACUGUUACCGAUGUCAAUGAUUGUGAACCUAAAUUUAUAAAUAAUUAUUACAAUGCUACAUUAUUACUACCAACUUAUAAAAAUGUUGCUAUUGUACGAGUUGAAGCAAUAGAUCCAGACAGCAAAAUUAUACCGCUUAGAUAUGAUAUUAUUGAUGGAAAUAAAGAUAAUAAAUUUGAAAUAGAUUCACAAACUGGAAUAAUAACUGUUAAAAAUACAGAAUUAAUUAAAAAAGUUUAUUUACUGCAUGUACGUGUUUCUGAUGGUAAAUAUUCAACAGUAACUCAAGUAAAUAUUAACGUUGAAGAAUCUGAAAAUUCAGGAUUGGUAUUUCAAAAGAGCAUUUACGAAGGGACAAUUGUCGAAAAUUCAACUAAAAUAAUGACUGUUGCUGUAGUUAAUGUAUUGGGAACUGCAUUAAAUGAGUAUAUUAUAUUUAGUAUACUAAAUCCAACAGAUAUGUUUGAAAUAGGACAUACAUCGGGAGCAAUAAGAACAACGGGUAAACGUUUUGACCGAGAAACUAUUGAUCACUAUGAGCUUAUUGUUGAAGCUAAAAGCCAUACAAGUGAUCGAGAAAAACCAAGAGUCGCUCAUGUUAUUGUUAACGUAACUAUUCUUGAUAUUAACGAUAAUUGUCCAAUGUUUGUAAAUUUACCGUAUUAUGCGGUUGUAUCUGUUGACGCACAAAAAUCCAGUAUUAUAACUAAGAUUGUUAAAUUUGAAAACUUAACUAAUAAAACUUUGUUGAGCCAGGUUCACGCAAUCGAUAUGGAUAGCGAUGACAACGGAGAAGUGAGAUAUGAGUUAAAAAAAGGUCACGGAGAACUCUUUCGAGUUUCCCGAAAAACAGGAGAAAUCUCGCUUAAACAAAACCUCGAGGGUCACAAUCGAGAGUAUCAACUGACGAUAGCAGCUUAUGACGGCGGUCUUACUCCCUGCUCCAUUGAAGUUCCAGUCCAUGUUAAAGUUAUCGACCGUUCUAUGCCUACCUUUGAUAAACAGUUUUACACUGUAGAUGUCUUUGAAAAUAUUCAAAUUGACUCACCGCUUUCACUUUCUAUUCAAGCUAAAUCAGAUCUUGAUCGAAAACUUAUCUACAGCAUCACCAAAGGCAAUGACUUUGAAGAAUUUACUCUCAACUUUAAUACCGGUACAAUUUACGUAGUGGAUGAGUUGGAUUACGAACAGAAAAAACAAUACGAGCUGACAGUAAGAGCAACUGACAGUGUAUCAGGUGUAUACGCUGAAGUAUUAGUCAGUAUUCUUGUUCUGGAUGUAAAUGAUUGUCCUCCAGAAUUUUCUCAAGACUCUUACAACAUUUCAGUAUCAGAGGCUGCACCAUUCGGUACUUGGAUAUUAAAAGUCACCACUCGUGACAAUGAUACUGAUAUGAAUCAACAAGUGGUGUAUGCAAUUGAAAACGAUACAGAAAAUAGCAACGACCUUUUUCAUAUUGAUCCUGAAGAGGGUGUUAUAUUUUUAAAACGUUCAUUAGAUCAUGAAAGUCAUGAUUCACAUCACUUUACGGUAAUCGCUACGGACAGAGGAAACCCACCACUGUCAAGUACUGCUCAUGUGUGGGUAACCGUUAUCGACAUGAAUGAUAAUCCACCAAAAUUUGAACAGCCAUCGUACACAUGUUCACUCUCUGAGGAUGCUGAACGUGGUCAAUUUGUAACAGUUGUGACAGCAAGUGACCCCGACUACAUAGACAAUAAUUUGACCUAUACAAUUGUCGGUGGUAAUGAUCAACAGACUUACUCUAUUGAUCAAUUAACUGGUAUUAUAACAUUGAUAAAUAUGCAAAAUUUUGGAGAACAAAAACUUACAAUGUUAAAUGUAUCCGUAACAGAUGGUGUUUAUACUAGCUUUACUCGUGUUAAAAUAGAAAUAUUACCGGGUAAUAACAAUGAUCCUAAAUUUAUAAAUCCCUUAAUAGAAGUUAAUGUUAUGGAAAAUCAAUUACCCGGACGAUUGGUAACAACUGUUUUAGCUAAAGAUAAAGAUUUUGGUGAUUAUGGUUCAAUAUAUUAUUCAAUACCGUCAACAAUGAUGCGUGAUGUAUUUGAUGUAAAUCGUUUAACCGGUGAAAUAACAACUAAGAAAAAAUUAGACCGUGAAACAACUAAAUUGUAUGAAUUAUUGGUAAUGGCAACAGAUAUGGGCGGUAGAUCUGGUUUUGUAAAUGUUAGAAUUCGCGUUACCGAUCAAAAUGACAAUUCACCAGUAUUUUAUUUAAAUCAAUACAAAGUAUCUAUACAGAGUAAUAUAUCUAUAAAUGUACCUUUUAUCAAAGUAAGAGCUUACGAUAUCGAUGAUGAUGAUGAUGAAGCUGCUAAAAUAGAGUAUUCAAUAUUUGAGCCAGAAAAAAAUUCUGAAAUGAAAAAUAUAUUUGGAAUAAAUCCAGAUAAUGGUGGUGUAUUUUUAAUAAAAAACCCUGUACCACUUGAAAAUCAACUAUUUGAAUUUUUUAUCCGUGCUACUGAUAAAGGAUCAACAAUUCAUCAUACAGAUGUACCUAUAAGUAUUUAUAUAAUAAGCCCAAAUGAUAUACCACCGAUAUUUGAAAGUAAAGAGGAUAAAUUUUUUAUUUCGGAAAAUUCACCUAUUGGUACGCCUAUAACAACAUUAAAAUUAACAACAAAUACUACCGUUAAAUAUCGUAUUGUAUCUUUGUUAUCUGAUAAUGAAAAUGAUCAAUUAUUUUCAAUAAAUCAACAGGGACAAUUAAAAUUGUCUAGAACAUUGGAUCGUGAAUUAAAAGACAAUCAUAUUAUUGGUAUUUUAGCAGAAACAGAUUCAAGUCCUCCAUUAACAGCUUUAGCUGAAAUAUCACUACAAGUACUUGAUGAAAAUGAUAAUCCUCCUAAAUUUGAAAGUAAUCGUUAUUCAAUAAAUUUAAGUGAAAAUAUAGAAGAGGGUACGUCAAUACUUAAAGUUAUUGCUCAUGAUUUAGAUUUGGGUAGUAAUGGUGAAGUUCGUUAUUCAUUUGGUUCAGAUAUUGGAGAAUUGGCAAAUGUAUUUACCGUUGACGCUUAUACCGGAUGGAUAUCAACAUUAGUAUCUCUUGAUAAAGAAAAACAACCAGAGUUUAAGUUUCAAGUUAUCGCAACAGACAAUGGAAAUCCGAAACAUUUUGCACGUACUUCUGUUUAUAUUAAAUUAAAUGACUAUAAUGAUAAUCCACCGUCGUUUGUUAAUGAUCAUUAUGAAGCAACAGUUAAAGAAGAUGCAUUACCCGGUACUGUUGUUGUUAAAUUAACAACUAUUGAUAAAGAUAUUGAUUUAAAUACACCUGUUGAUUUUUAUAUUACUUCUGGUGAUAAAAGAUCACAAUUUCAAAUAAGAUCUACUGGUGAAGUUUACGUUGCUAAAACAUUAGAUCGUGAAUUAAUUGAACGUUAUGAAUUAAAUGUUAUUGGUACCGAUGGUAAAUUUGUAUUUAGUACCAUUGUCAUUGUACAAGUUAUUGAUGUUAAUGAUAAUCCACCGUACUGCUUACGUUAUAGAUAUCGUGAAGUAAUAUCAGAAGGUUCUCAUCCUGGUAGUUAUGUAUUGACAGUAUUAGCAACAGAUUAUGAUGACAAUAUAAAUGCUAAAUUGAGAUUUUAUUUAACUGACGAUAUGAAUGAAAAUAAUAAUGAUAAAUUUUCAUUAAAUCAAGAUACUGGUGUCGUUAAAACAAUCGGACAAUUAGAUCGUGAAACCAAAUCACGGUAUUUAUUAACUGCUCACGUACAAGAUCGUGAUAAAUCAUAUUGGGAGUGUUCAUCUCAAUUAGAAAUAAUAAUAUCUGAUUUAAAUGAUAAUCCACCAAGAUUUACAAUGAUGACAUACAAUACGGCUUUACCCGAAGAUGUUAAAGUAGGUACACUUAUUACUAAAGUACACGCUACGGAUGAGGAUAUUGGUAUUAAUCGUAAAAUAAUAUAUGAAUUUAUUGAUUCAUCUAAUGGACAUUUUAUAAUAACAACUGAUACUGGUAUAGUAACAUUAGCUAAGCCACUUGAUCGUGAGACUAAAGAAAUUUAUAAUUUAACUGUUAAAGCAAUAGAUCAAGGAACACCGCAAUUAUUUUCAACUGCUAAUUUAAUAGUUACUGUACAAGAUAUUAAUGAUAAUCCACCAGAAUUUACAUCUAAAUCAUAUUUUGCAUCAGUACCAGAAAUAGAUCAAGUAAAUACUGAAAUAGUUAGAGUAUUAGCUGAAUCUAAAGACACUGGUAUAAAUGCUAUUGUUUAUUAUUCAAUAAUUGGUGGCAAUGAGCAUAAAAAAUUUAAUAUUAACAAUAAAACAGGUGUUAUAACAAUUGCUGAACAGCUUGAUUAUGAACGAGCUCAUGAUUAUUUUUUAACAAUACAAGCAAUUGAUGCUGGAAUACCACCAUUAAGUAAUUAUGCUACUGUUAAUAUAACUAUUACUGAUUGCAAUGACAAUGCACCGAUAUUUAAUCAACUGUCUUAUCGUGGAUCAAUACGCGAAGAUGCACCUUUAAAUGAACAAAUAACUCAGGUAUUUGCCAGUGAUUUGGAUAACAAUGAAAAUGGACAAAUUUUUUACUAUAUCGAACGUGGUGAUAGAUAUAAACAUUUUAAUAUUGAUCACAAUACUGGAAUAGUAACUGUUAAUGGAGGAUUAGAUCGUGAAACAAUUUCACAUUAUGCAUUAGAAAUUCAUGCACGCGAUAACGGGAAACCAGUACUUGAAAGUUUUGUUAUUUUAAAUAUUGAAGUAAUUGAUGCUAAUGAUAAUCCACCAUUAUUUUCACAAUCUAAUUAUUCAGCGGUAGUUCAAGAGGACAAAAAAAUUGGACAUGUAGUUAUUAAAUUUAUCGUUACAGACGCUGAUAUUUCACCAAAUGCUGACCCGUAUACAUUUGAUUUUCGUUCUGGUAAUGAGGGCGAUGCUUUUCGCCUUGAACAAGAUGGCUCAUUACGUACUGCUAUUAAAUUUAACAGCAGAGUUAAGGAUAACUAUUUAUUACAUAUCAGAGUAUUUGAUAAUGGUUCUCAGCCUUUAUACUCAGAUGCUUGGAUAUCAAUUAAAAUAAUAGAAGAAUCACAAUACCCACCAAUAAUAACGCCAUUAGAAAUAACAAUUAAUUCAUACUUAGAUGAAUAUCCGGGCGGUAAAAUAGGUAAAGUUCAUGCAAGUGAUCGUGAUCAAUAUGAUACACUUAGUUACAGUAUUGUUCCGUCAUUAUCAUCAUCAUCAUCAUCAUCUUCAAUUAUUGGUGAUUUAUUUAAAAUUGAUAAAAAUCAAGGUACUUUAGAAGCUUUACCUCGAUUAGAUGUCGGUGAAUAUCGAUUAAAUAUAAGUGUAAAUGAUGGAAAAUAUUAUUCAUAUUCAUUAAUUAAAAUAACUGUUGAAUUAAUAACUGAAAAAAUGUUGGAAAAUACUGUUAUUGUAAGAUUUCGUGAAGUAAGCCCGGAAGAUUUUAUAUUGAGUCAUCGCAAAGGAUUUAUGAGAACAAUACGUAAUGCUAUGAAUUGCCGAUUAAAAGAUAUUGUAAUAAUAAGUAUACAGCCGUCAUUUGAUGAAAUAAAUAUCGUUAAUAAUAAUAAUAAUAAUAAUAAUAAAUUAUCACGAGUAAAUCGGCAAGCUAUUCACAAUGAUUUAGAUUUACUAUUUUCAGUACGUAAAUCAAAUCCUAUUCUCGGCUUACCUGGUUUUUAUUCAUCUGAAAGCAUUCGCGAAGCAUUAAAUCAGCAUAUUGAAGAAUUAGAAGAAUCAACAAAACUUGUUGUUGAAGAAAUAGUAAGAUUCAAAUGUAAUAAAGGUCAUUGUAUUUAUGGCGACUGUAUUGAUAAAAUAAUUCUUGAUCAAAUAGAUGUAAUACCUAUUGCUACAGAUGUUAUGUCAUUUGUAUCGCCAAAAUAUAAACAUAAAAUAGAAUGCUCUUGUAAAGAGGGUUACGCCGGUAAUAAAUGUGAAAUAGUUAUCAAUGAAUGUGCAACAGAUCCAUGCCAAUCAUUUAAAAUAUGUAUACCCGAUUCAUCAGUACAGGGUUACACUUGUCAGUGUCCAGAAGGGUUUGCUGGACCAACGUGUGAUAUUGAUAUAUCUAAAUGUCACGAUGAAUCUUGCUAUUUACCACGCAAUCCUAUAUCAUUUACCGGUAAAAGUUAUACCCAUUAUAAAAUAAAUUAUGAGAAGAAAAGUCAAACUAUUGAAAAUCAUUUUAUAUUAUCAUUACGUAUUAGAACAGUACAACCAACUGGGAAUCUUAUUUAUGCUGCUGGUAAAAUAGAUUACAAUAUAUUGGAAAUAGUUAAUGGUGCAGCACAGUAUAAAUUUGAUUUAGGAAGUGGUGAGGGUCUUGUACGUGUUAGCAGUGUAUACGUAAGCGAUGGACAGUGGCAUGAAAUUCAUUUAGAACGUGAAAGGAAUAGUGCACGUCUUACUGUUGAUGGUAAACACAUUGCUCAUGGAUCAGCACCUGGUAUUAAUGAUAUACUCAAUUUACAAUCAGAUGAUCUUUAUUUUGGAGCUCAAGUAAGACAGCACCCAUCAAUACUAGGAUUUGAAGAUAUCCAACGUGGGUUUAUUGGUUGCAUGGAUGAUAUUAGAAUAUCAAAAUUAUCAGUACCAUUACAUAUGACAGGAAGUACCAAUAGCAACAACAACAACAACAACAACAACAACAACAAUAACAUUGUUAUAUUGAAACGAUUUGCCAAUGUUGAAUUUAAUUGUGAUGCAUCAUCUAUAUUAAUUCCACCGGGUAUAUGCGGAUCUCAGCCUUGUCAAAACGGCGGUACAUGCAGAGAAAUAGACGGUGGUGAUAGAUAUGAAUGUCACUGUCAUGAUAGAUUCAAAGGAAUAGCUUGUGAAAUAGAUACUGAUCCAUGCGCAUCAUCACCCUGCCUCUACAACGGCAGAUGUAAAUUAAUAGACGGUGGAGGUGAUUAUAUUUGUGAGUGUACCGGACCAAAUUUAACUGGUAAACGUUGUCAAUUCGGUAAAUACUGUAAUCCAAAUCCUUGCAUCAAUGGUGGGAUUUGCGAAGAGGGUAAUAAUUCUCCUAUAUGUAAGUGUAAUGGUUUUACCGGUGAUCAUUGUGAUAUAGAUGUAAAUGAAUGUCACUCUAAUCCUUGUAUCAAUGGAGGUACUUGUGUCAAUGAAAUAGGUACAUAUCGAUGCAUUUGUCCACCCAAUAUGACUGGUAUCAAUUGUGUUAAUCCUAUUUAUUCACCGUCUAUUAUUUCUCAACAUUUAAAUAUUACUUGGGAACAAUUUAUUUGGAUUGGAAUUUCUAUUCUCGUUAUCAUAUUCAUUAUUAUUAUUAUUUUUCUGACGUACAAAAAAAUUCGUAACAAACGAACGGACGCUUGUACAAAUAAUAUAAAUAAUGAAACACGAAAAAAAAUUGUAUUAAAUUCAGCAAGGCCUAAUCAUGAUCAUGAAUUCAAACGCAGCUCUAAACUCAGUAAUUUGGAAGUAAUACAGAGAGAACCUCCCCAAUGUCCUCCUAGACCUGCAUCCUAUACCCCGAGUUCUAACAAUGAACCGUCGUACGGUACGACAGCAGCUGUUGCACUAAACAAUUUAGAUACUCUGAGGAGUUACGGGAGCGCCGGUGAUGAACUUGAAAACUUUCCUCCUGAUUACUUGAGAAAUUUAAAUAGAAGCACCCCAGUACCUAAUCCUACACUAGCUUUGGCGAAUCCCGUUGGCGGAAACACUACUGGAAGUGAUGCUGACAGCUUACAUAAACCGACUUGGCAAGAGCAAAUGUAUCUCGCAUCGUUCAUCAGUGACACUGCCAAAAUAAAGAACGACCUGAAACGAGCGAGUCCAGUGGUACCAGAGCUGACCACUGGAGGACUUCUUCUAAAUUCAACACGAAGGACACCUCACAGAGGUGCAAGUUCAAUCGCCUCUUUGUCAUCUUGCGAAGAUGAUCCUCGAAUAGUUGGUGGAUAUCAUUGGGACUGCUCGGAUUGGGUCAGGCCAAGUCAAAAUCCUUUACCUAAUAUCACCGAAGUACCUGGCAGUGAAGUACCAGACUCGUCGAGUUUCCACAGUAACGAGAGCAAUGAAUCAAAUACACAUCAAUUACCAUUAGUUCACAGUUCAAUAGACCCAUCACGAGACAUAUCAACUCUAAAUGAAGAUCAAGAAUCUGAAUACAUUGGAGACUCUGAGUGUGGUACAGAGUUUUCAGAACAUUAUAAUUGUCCUGAGAGCCAACGACUUAAUCCGUUGGAUAGUGGAGGAGAAGGAGAAUACAAAUACAAAGAUUCAGAUAGUUAUUUGAGGCAUCCAAAUUCAUAUUUGCCUCAUUAUAAUAUCCAAACAGACACUGAAAAUGAAAUGAAUCCAUUAAAUGGUCGUCUGAGUACUUUGGAAUCUGACGAGGAAGAAGACGAUGAUGUAGUGCCUUACGGAUUUCCAAGUGUACGUCGUAACAGAUGUAAAGGCGACGAUAAUGAUGAUAUUGGUUCGGUUAUUACAACUCUCGAAGAACGCAAUUCAUUGUUAGGUGGUGGAACGAGUAAUAGCGAUUUAUCAACUAAUUUAUGCGAAAUCGAUGAUUCAGAAUGUGAAAUAAAUGAUAAAAAAAAUAAUGCCCGAAUGUGGUUAUCCGGUAACGGUGUUACACAAACUUCUGUGUGA